AUGUCUGCCGUGGACAGGACACAUGUCCCAAAUGCUCUGGUACAGAUCACCCAGCAGAAUCCUGCCGAAAUCAAGCUGCCAGUAUUCACAAUUGAUCAGGGCACGAAGACCUCUGGUCCAGGAGGUCUCACCUGGCAGGGAGGAAUAUGCAACGCCACCACAAAGUUUGUUAUUGUGAGCGACGUAGGGCAGCGUUUCAUCGCCUUGCCCAACGCUGCGUUCCACCUUGCUCGCCUACUCGGUGCACCAACGAAUUGCACACGGGACUACUCUGUGCUGGAGGGCAACUACAUACUAUUUAAUCUCUCGUCUUGCGUCAUGGAUGGUAUUAGAAAUCAUCUCCAAAAACUACAGAAAGACAACGUUACGUUGGCAAGAGACUGCUUCGGAACACGUUACCGGGAGAAUAUUAGUCACAACUUCCCUGACCUCCCAUACAACUUGGUUGAAAACGAAGAGAAGUUUUGCAGCAAAGAGAAACGCCUGAAAGAACCUUUCACAAUCAAGGGCCGCUGCGAGAACCCUGACAUCAAGUACUUCUCGGAACAGGGGCACGAAAGAAGACUCACAGAGAAGGGCUUGAAAGUGCUCGACCCUGUUAACAGCUGCUUCUUCGAGUGCUGUGCUGUAACCUACAUCCUUGAGCUCGCCACUGACUACAGGCUGGAAAGGUAUGCUGCGUUUGAUGGCACACCAUGUGGCGAAAACAGGAAAAACAUCUGUGUUCAAGCUAAAUGCGUGCAGAAUACAGCGAUACCUUAAGAAUGCAGGAGACGAACUAGACUCCCCAGGACAGCUUGGAAGACUUCCAAGUUUCCAGACAGUCGAAGUACCUCGUAUUAUUAGUAGUAUGUGAAUGUAAUUUAAAAGUAAAUAAAGCGAAAUUAA